UGCCGCCACCUUCAAAGAAACUUUCAUGAGAUUAUGUCGGUCUUGUGAUGAAAUUUCUCAGUCGCUCUCAGGCUGUCACACGGCUGUCACCCGCUGUGAACAAGUUGAAUAUCAUGACCGAAGCAUGGGAGUUCAACUGCCCGAAAUAUUUUGAUUUUGAACUUGGAGAGGACACGAACGCCGUUCCACCGGAGGAAUACUUCGAGAGUCACAAGGAUUCACUAACUUCACCAUUGCCGCGACGUAAAGCCCUACGGACCUUGAAUGUAGCUCAGGCGAAGCCUGUGAAACCGGCGGCAACCACUUUCAAGAAAGGCCUUGAAAAUAAAGUGCGAGCACCCUCUACGAAACCCCUAGGAAAUGCAACGCGUAAAGGCGACCCAAGCAAGCCUGCAACAUCGGUUCGUAAUGUACAAAGCAGGACAGUACCAAGCAAAGCACAGCCUACAAUGGCGGAAUUCAUCCACAACUAUUUCUUCAAAACCCCUACUCGCCUUCGCUCAAAAAUGAACGCAACAACCAAGCCAAGGUAUUGCAUGAGGGCAACUGUACCAAUCUCACCGAAGCUGAGGACCAUGUUGCGAGCAAAGCAACGAUCGGCUGCCAAGAAGACUGCAGUUUAAUUUUGCAAUUUCUGUACUUUUAGUAAUCAAAUUUCUGUAAGCAGUCUUGCUGUAAAUGUACAGGUGGUAUCACCUGACAUGUACAUAUACAACUUUUUGACAUGUCUAUGCAGCUGGAGAAAGGGCACAUAACCAUGAAUGGGCUGUGCUUUGUAAAGAGUCUUUUUAUCUGACUGUAUUAAUUUCUUAUAAUUAUAAUUUGUCCAAUUGAGUGCCUGAUCCUGGCAAUCAAGGAGCCACAGAAAUGAGAAUUUUUCUAUAUAUGGCCCCAAACAUGCUUUUAAGACUAGUUCAAACUCUAGAGUCUUGCUUCUAAGAGGGUAUUCCUGUUGCCAGCAAUACCAUCAUCACAAUAUUUCUGCUCAGUCCUCUGAAAUCUAUACACACAAACAUGAACAGUAAAGUACUAUGCAAAAAGCAACACAGGAAGCAGGUAACAUUAACAGAUUUUAGUCUCAGCCAGAAAGUGGAGCAAUUACUGCAUAAUUGCAGCUUGCACUUACAUUGAGUCUAUCUGUGCUACAAACCUUAGUCUAGAAAAUUUCUUUCCCAUUACUAAUGAAAGACAAUCAUUGCACCAGUGUGAUAUAAGCAACUAAUGUGGACUGAAAGCCUGAAAGCCUGAAAGUGCAAAGCGAUUCAGUACGCUAUCAAUACAAAACAAGUGACGCGACUCAUGGUGGGAGGCAGCCACUAGCGACAGAUAAGACUAAGCAUAUAAGUGUCCUGCGGGGCGGGUCCCACACACAAAGAGAGAACUCGACGAGCCCAAUAUUUUCCAGAGAGCUGUCGUGACCUGAAAAGCGUCUUUUGCAAAGGUAUGCAUAUCUGGACUUGGAAACUGUCAUUCCUUUUGGACAGCCUCCAAUGCCAAGUUGUUGCUUAAAAGUGCCAGCUAUGUAUAUUUAUGACUAAAAGCUGCAUGCCUGUAUGCAUUUAUUCGCAUACACAGCUAGUGUCAUCUCCAUCCUUCUGCAACAUUUGUAGUUUUGACAUGGGGACCAUAAAUAAAAAAAAUCUAGUUGCAUGGUCUCAUCAAAAGCUUAUGAUUUACCAAGUUACAGGCUUGAGACACGUGUAUUUUUUAGAGAGAAGUGUAGCAACUGUACUGGUGAUUAAGCUACCGCUUCGAGUCUGAAUGCUGGUCCAUUUAUGCAUUCAAUACAAAUCGUGAGCAUGCCAGUGCAUGACAAGUGGUGCCAAUAUGUAAUAGCCAAAUAAAAAUAUUUUUAUAUUGCAAAUACAGCUUCUGAAAUUGUUGAACUGCAAUCAUCGAGUUCACCAAUUUUACGAAUGUAUACAAUCGCAGCACAACUAAAAAUGCUAUGAUUGUUCUUAUACUGCCUGACCUCCUUUCAUUGCACUUUUAACCUUCCUGAAAGUUAUAUCAGACAGAAAUAUAUGUGGGCGCAGGCAUAGGGGAAUGCAUUUUUAGAACUGCUCAGAGCUCAUGUACCGCUCCAAAGCAAGCUCUUUAGUAUAUGCAAGGUUAUGUUAAGCACCCAGCUUCUAGCAUCCGCUAGUCUGAAAAAAUAAAUUUUGCAAAAUAUGGCACAUAUUUAGAUGCUGCAGUUCUUGACUAAAAUGAUACAACUUGACUGAAAAAUAUAUUGCAAUGUAUUUAAGCUGGCACUGCCAUUACACUAUGAGGAGGCAGCAUUUUUCAGUAAUCUCGGAUUUAUGAAACUAGUGGAUGCAAGGAAAAACCUCGGUGUCUUGAAUCAUUUUCGUCUGUAUAGUCUGAUACAACUUUAAAAGUCUGCGGCAUUUCCUCCUCAAAGGCAAAUGCACUCCAGACUGACCUCAUGAGCUGGAUGGCCAGUGACUCUGCCUUCAGAGAAAUUUGCUGAAUGCAUGAGCGGGACAAUUUCUUUAGUCGCAGAGGUGAUCGCAGAGUCGCAGAGGAGAAUGGUUUAUGUUGACAGACACUUGAAACCCUUCUUUUACAUUUGAUAUGCACUCAACUGCAAUGGACCUUUUUCGUGACUGUAAAGCUUUAUUGCAAGGCAAUUUGCCAAGCUAAUAGUGAUAGUCAUUCUUACAACCAGCAGGUACAAGCACAGUUUGUCUUGAUACUUGAAAAAUGACAUAGCUCUCAUGGUAAAGCAUGUGAAAGAAAUGAGCCUUGCAUUGUGCAGCUAAUACAUUUCCAAUGCAGAGAAAUGCUAUUUAAAGUUGGGAAAAGGGGGCCAUUCAAGUUUAAUCAUUUGAUGACAUGCUUCUGCACACAUUUUACAUAAUCUAUUAGGAGUCCCCCCCCCCCUUAUUCCCUUUAUUGUCAUUAAUCUGUACUAGGCACCAGCAGGGUCCCUUACAGCAUUUUACAUUUGUUUGUUUCACUGAUACUUAGUACACUUUUUGCACUAAACAAACUUGUUCAUUUAUGCAUGAUACACCUUUUGUUCUACUUCACUAUGUUAUGCCUAAGGGCAACCUUCCAAGCAAUAAAAAAAGUUUUAACAAUGCGAUAUGAAAUAUAGUGACGUGCUGCAAUUCGAGAAUGUCAAGUUGAUGUACAAAAGCUGCGGCCCAAGAACGCUCCUUUAAAGGGCUCCUGAACCACCCCUCGGGCUUGGUAAAAAAAUGCAUCCUGUGCAAAGCAAACACUGUUAUGAACAGCUCAGCCAAAUCUUUCAGUCCUGUGCUGCAAGGAGAGCUUAGAAAGUUGCCAUUUUUUCAGGCGCCCUCUUGUCAUACAGAGGCCCGUCCUCACUUCGGAGCCAGCUGUUUGACAUCGAACAGCUGGCAGCAUGCUACUGGCCAAUAGCUGGCAUAAAUCAAGAGCAGCGUUUGGAUUAGAUGUGCUUCUUGCCAUGCGGUGCCACCACUCGCCGGCGCCGCACUCCAUAGUAUGCUGUUACACAGUAGCCACACAGGAAUCUCAACUGGAGAGAGCGAUCGCAUUUCAUCACAUGCGCCCAAGGUCAUGACGUGCACUGAUGUAGCUUCUUUCCCCUGUCCCACCCCUCCACGUGUAGUUUCCAGCACACUUGCCAGGAUGAGAGAAGAGAGGAAGCAUUUAAAGCUUGCGAUAAAUCCCUGGAACUCUGCUCCUUCUCAAUGAAUUCAAGAAAUUUUUGUGGCGAUACAGGUCUCCGGCGACACAGGGAAACUCAGAUACAGAGGUCAUUCAAUAUUGCUUGGAAAAGUGGUUCAGGACCCCUUUAAGGCGCUCCAGAUGUUGCAUCAUUUGUGGCAGAGCCGGUCCAGCUGCAACGGACAAAAUUUCAAAGAAAGUUUGAAAUCCAGCUAACUAGGUGAGGAUUAUUAAGAUACUACAUAAUUUCUCAGAAGAGCUAUGGAUGAUGCACAUUGAAAGAGGUACCACAGUUGUACCCUGUAAAACAAAAUUUGAAGAUAUAAUUAAUGAAAUGCAGUCGUAACUGUUCCAGGUAG